UACAUUAUGGCCCCCCUUUUUGCAUUGCAGUUCAAGCUUUGUUGUUGUUUCCUUCUUCUGUCAAGAAAGACCACCGAUUUCUUUCUGAACAAGCCGCUAAGGCACAUCCACAAAGCUACAUGAAAUGUUGCCUACAAAAAGAUGCAUAAGUUACUUGGAAACAUGGAGGACCUGUUGGUAUGGAGUGUAAAGUGCUGGGCUCCAUUUUCAGCCUCCAUAAUGGAAAUAUUCAAUCGUGGAGGCUUAGCUUUAUCAAAGGGAAAAACGGAAGCUUCAAACUGAAACGACAGCCAUACACAGCCAAAAAUGAUUUUCGGUUUGACGAAUUAAAGGCUAUUGGACAUCACACCAAUCACCAUCAAGAUAUAAAGAUCACACACACUAUUAUUAUUGUUGUUGUUAUUAGUGCAAUCAACAGUAGCUCUCCAGAUGCAACCAUAAAAACUAAACUUUGAGACGGAUUUAAGAAGACUGGCCCUGCCUCCCCUUCUGCAUCAGUUAUGGAGGAUAACUGGGAUAAGCCUGAGGGGCUAGAUUCAAGCCCUGAACCUUCUCUGCGUCUUCCAUGGAUGAUUAAUCCUCAGCUUUCAAGCUCAACAGAGCUUCGGAUUGAUGGGUUCCCUUCGUUUUUGACUCCAGUAGAAGGAAUUAUUGGUGAAGACAAAGCAGCUUCUGCUUCCAAGAGCCAUAGCCAAGCGGAAAAGAGGCGUAGGGACAGGAUCAAUGCUCAGCUUGCAACCCUUCGGAAACUCAUUCCCAAAUCUGAUAAGAUGGAUAAGGCAGCUCUGUUGGGAAGCGCGAUCGAUCAAGUGAAAGAUCUGAAGCGAAAAGCAAUGGAAGCCAGCAAGAACAUGACAGUUCCAACGGACAUGGAUGAAGUAACUAUCGACUCCACCAUGGUUGAAGACCACAGCAGGAACAAUAUUGAGAUAAAGGUAUCAGUGAGCUGCGACGAUCGACCAGAACUGUUCACAGAGCUCAUCCAAGUGAUCAAAGGGCUGAGGCUCACCACAAUAAGGGCUGAUAUGGCUAGUGUUGGUGGCCGCAUUAAAAGCAUACUUGUCCUUGGCAAUAAAGAUGGUGAAAAAAGUGUCUGCUUAAACACUGUUCAGCAGUCUCUUAAAUUGGUUUUAAGUCGAUUGUCAUCGUCGUCGAGUGCUUCGACCUAUCGUAUUAGAAGUAAACGUCAGAGGUUCUUCCUCCCUUCUCAUUAUUCCCAGUAGUCUUUCUUCUUCUUCAAUAAUUUAGUUGGGAACACCCCACACCGGCUCUAUUGAGUGACAGUGAUGCUACAAUAAUACAAUCACAAUGGAUUGAACAAAAGAUUAAGAGAUUAAAAACCAGAGCCUCACGAAGAAAGAUUAUGGAGAAUUGAAGCUGUGGAAGCAAAGCAACAACCGUCUCUCACGUGAAAAGAGGGAGCUUUGCAGUUGACACGCCGCCGAUAUAGCACAUUCUCAGUCUCAUAGAGUUCAUUAUUUCUUGUAGCAAUGCAGAUAGCUAUUUCUUGAGGACAUAUCAGUAAACAAAUCCAAAACUCUACUUUGAUCGAAGAUGAGAUGUGUACGUAGAUGAUCGACAAGGAAAACGUUACAUUUGGAUUGAACAUCACUAUAAAAUUUAAAAUUGAAA